ACGCAGUGACCUCAUGUCUCGCUCAUUUUUUGCAAUAUCCCAAUACCUAUGGCUGUGUUCGAGAAGAAAGUUCAACUGAGGAGCUUACUCGAUGAUACUGAUGUGUUGACAUGUACAGUGGAGAGCACUCAAAAUAUCCAUGGGCACACCGAAUAUAAUAUAAAGGUCCAAAGAGGAUUUUAUCCUGAAAAAUGUUGGCACAUCAACAAACGUUAUCGAGAUUUUGCGGCUCUGAAUAGUCUCUUGUCUGUGGCUGGUAUUAAUUUAUUGUUGCCACCAAAGCGGUUGAUUGGGAAUAUGGAUCCCCAUUUUGUUGCCGAGAGACAAGCUGGGCUUCAGAAAUAUUUAAAUACAAUUCAGGAAAACCCUUUUUUAGCAUCCUCAUUUCUUGUGAAACAAUUUCUUGAUCCUGAUCAUUACCCAUCAGCCUUACAUGAAACCGCUCUCCAUUCUGUUUCUCUUGCUCUUCGAGGUGAGCCUGUGUGGGAAGUACAGCGGCCACUUCCAGAUAUUGGAUGGCGCAUACGGAAGCAUUAUUUUUCCAUCAAGAGACACAUUCCAAAUCAAGAAAACUGUGAACUUCUCCUAAGUUGGACAGAGUAUGGUCCAGACAUGACUAUUCCAACGACUCAACUACAAUCUGCAUUGACAGUGCUCUCAACCAUACAGGCACCUGUCGCCAUCAACAUUGAACUUUUUCGUUGCAAUGAAAUAGGGUGCCUAGUUGUCAGGCGCAUUAUUGAGAAGGGAUCCCUUCGAGAUUUAAUAUGUGGUAGCAAACUGCGUAUUUCUGCUCUCAGAAAGUAUGCUUAUCCAAAACAAAUUUAUCCCUUUAGUGACAGGGAGAUUGCAUUAUAUUCUUGUCAGAUCUUACAAAUACUUGCCAUUUUACAUCAUAAAGGAGUUCCGUAUGGUCAGCUUCAUGCUGGAAAUGUCUGCAUAGAAAAUGGGAGAGCCUUACUGCUAGAUAUAGAAGGUGGCCUUUUGGGAUUGCCAGGCUUUUACCGGCCUUUUGUCAUUCAGCAUCGUAGACUUGACAACUUGCAAUCAGUUGAUAUGUACUGCUUUGGGCAUUUGCUAUAUGAGAUGGCAUUUGGUCGACCAUUGCAAGCAUCAAGUCUGGAAUCGUUGCCUGCUAACUGCCCUCCAGCAUUCGCUGAUUUAUUGGACCAACUCCUUUCUCCACGAGCUCUUCGUGAAGCUCUGCCCUCAGCACAGCAGUUACUGCUCCACAGCUUUUUUAAUGGAGCUAUGGGUGAAGAUAUACAAACUCGACAAUUAUUCAAAAUUCCUAGCCAUUCUAAAGAAGCCUUUAAGACUAUAACUUGUAAAAUUGAAGAGAGGCUGAGACAAGACCAGAAAAUUGUUCAUCACCAGCGUCGUCUUGCUAGAGUUCAGGAGAUGCUAAGCUCAGAAGAGGAAAAGAAGAGAAGGAAACAGAAAUGGAAACUGAAGGAAAAAGAGAGGCAACAGCAGCAAAAGCAGAGUCAACACACGGUAAAUGGUAAAUCUCCUGAACGUUCAGACAGCCCGGCUAGUACCAGCACAGCCACCUCUGCAGGAACUGUGACACCACCAUACGGGAGAAAUGAUAGUCUUACAAACUUCGCUGCACCUUUAGCUCCAUCCUUGUCUUCACCACUUUCCCCAGUUCAAACGCCAAGCUCAGUCCCUCCCCCUCCACCCCCACCUUCAGCACUAACCUCACCUGUAGUUGCUCCAGAAAGAUCUGCUCUCCUUAGUUCCAUCUCUGCUUUUAACAAGUCCAAUCUCCGACGUGUUAGUAAUCCAAGGUAACAUUGGUCCUACAUUUUAUGAGAAAUAGUAGAUUCAACCUUGUUUGGGGAUUCCCAAUUGAGAGUGUAUUUUUGCCUUGUACCUGACUUAGGCACUGUUCGUAUUUUCUCUUUAUUUGAUUUAAUUGCUGGAUAAUAUUGGUGCUUGUAAAUGAGGGAAGUAGAAGAAAAUUGUGAUAAGAAUUUGCCUUUGUGUUUAAUAUUUUCAGCUAGCUUCUUAGUUUGUUUUUUAUUUACAUAGUCAGUUUGACUUUAUCCUAAAUUGUAUGUUCUGUUAGUUUCAUUUGUUAUUUCUGCACGUAACAUCAAGCAAACUCAAAACACUUUAUUAAAUCAACAGCAACACACUUAAUUAAUUGUUGUGCUAUUAUCAGGUUAAAAAUUAUUAUCAGGGCACUUUUGUAAGGGACGUCAUUACGGUACAUUCAUAUCCCAUGUUGAAGAAAAGUUUCAUUAGCAAUGAUGCUGAAAUAUUAAUUCCUUUAUUUCAAAUUUUCUAGUCAGUAAGACAUUUGACUGAAAUAUUGAAAAGAAAGGUUUCAUUAUUACCAAUUUUGAUGGAAUCUGAUAAAGCAAAGAAAUUAAGGGAAAAUGAAUCAAAAAUAUGAUGAAGUAUUGUAAUUCUUCAGGAUUAUAGUGUGGUUCUAUGUUCUGUCUUGAUUGUGCCAAGGUUUUCAGUAAUUUGUUGUCUUCUUUUUGGCUUCGAUUUAGUGUAAUAAAUCUUAGAAGGAAAGCUGUGAUGCUGGAAA